ACAAUGCCAGGUGCAUCUGACAAGAAAGAAGAAUCUCCAGAGACCAAGAAGAAGAGCUCUCCAUUCAGUAGACUGUUCAGAAGUAGAAAAAGUAGCAGGAAGAACUCAAAGUCUUCAGAUAACAAGGAGGGUAUUGAACUUCAUGCCAGCCAAAUCACAAUGAGUGAUGAGGACAGGAUUCAACUGAUGGUGCUAGUUAAAGAAGGAAAACUCACCCCAGACCAAGCAGUAGAAGUAGUAAAGCUUUAUGAAGAAGGCAGAAAGAGGGGGAUUUAUGAAGACUUAAUAGUUCAAGACCCAGAGAUUAGGGCAAGUCCUCCGAAUUACUCUGCCCAUACUUCUCCCGAAGCAUCUAAGAAUUUAGUAAAGUAUGCAUCUUUGAGGAGGAAGAGGAGCAGUUCUAUACAGAGUGGAGGCGAGGGGGAAGAUGAAACUUUUUGUAGCAGUAGUCCAGACAGCAGAAGGUCAUCUUUUUGUUAUGAUGAUGAUGAUUUGGCCCCUGAUCUCAUCCCAGCUGGCUCCCACAACAGCCCCCUGAGUCUGAGGAACACUCAGUCCAGGUGGUUCCAGAGACAGUCUUCUCAAGGAGGAGGAGUUGGAGGGGGCUCACCUAGGUCCCCCAACUUACAGGCACAUGGUUCCAGACUUAACUCUGUGAGCUCUAACCCAGGGACUUCAACAGCUGGGCAGGGAAAAAGAAGGUCUCGGACAUAUACUAAUACAUCUACACACUCAGCUCAGCUUGGCCCUAGGGUGAGCAAUACAGCCUCCCCUCCCCCUAGUCCUCUGAGUUACACAAGUUGUGGAGGACAGACUGCUUGUAGUAAAGACUCUGGAUGUCAGAGUACACAGAACUCUUUAGAUUCAAGGAGCAGUUCCAGUAGUAGUAGCAGUCAGAAGAGUUUUCGGUCACCUUCUUCAUAUAGACACAACGGUGGGCCUUCCUCUGUGUCGCCAUAUCACGUAUCACCCGUUGUGAGUAGAGGGUCAACUCCUACCAGGCAGCACUCUCCAGCCCUCAGGACAAGAUCCUCUCCUGCCAGUCCUUCUCACUCAUACACAGAACGCAGGAGACAGUGCUCUGGUGAUUACUCUCCAAAUACUUCUUCCAGUUAUGCUGGCCAGGAUAAUGCUGGUCAGUGUGGUGUGGAUGUCCACUGUGAGGAUGACCACUUAGUGGUCAGUGUCCCCGACUCCGAACAUCCUGGCAGGAAGCAUAUUUAUAGAAGACAAUAUUCCUUAGAUUCUAACAUUCCACACCCAAACCAGAGCAGGAGUGUCAAGCAGUCACCCCCUGUAGGAAGGCACUCGUUUAAUUACAGCAAUCCUGGUGGAGGUUAUGCUAGUUAUGGUAAUUACAGCAGUGUGGGGAUCAAAAAACGCAUUUCACCCCCACGUGAAAUAAAGACAAACGGAACCUUACUAUUACAGGGCAGUCCCGUCCUGGGGCCAAGACAUGAUGAGCAACGGGUCCUGCCAAGUAAUCUAUCUCUGACAUCUUUAGCUGAAGAGGAUAGAGAAAGUAACACUAAUAUUAGUGCAGCAGCACUUCUAUCUCCACGGGUGCCAAAGAAAGAAUUCAAGAAAGCUUCUAAAACAGAGCAGAGACUGAGCUGGGAUGAGAGAAGGUUUGAACAAAGUAGUAGUGUAUCUGUGCCUGUGAGUAAAAAGCCCUCUCCAGGUGCUGAAACUUUCAGUAAAGUAGAUAAGAACCAGAAUGGUCUAGUGCUAAAAGAAACUGUAGAUAAAUUGAGUUUGAAUAACAGAGAUUUCAUAUCUAAGGAUAAAGUAGUCUACAAGGAAAAAGCUAACAGCCCUCUAGCAUCAGGUUCUUUUAAAACAGUCACCAAUGAUUUGUCUUCAAACUCACAUGGUUUCUACAAAUCGGUGAACAAUGGAGUGUCUACUGAACCAAAGAGAGUCAAUGAAGAAUUUUCUCUGAAGAAACCUAAAGCAGGGAUUGAAAGUUCAAGUUCUGUUAAUGUCAGGAAGAACAUUGAAGCAAACUCAAGUGUGAAUACAAGUGCCUCUCUCGACGGGGAACCAGGCACCCAUGCACAGGCUAAUGUGAUUACUCCUUCCUCAGAAGAACUUCAAAAUGGUAAAUCCACUGGAUAUGUAAAGGCUGAUGUGUCAGCUAGUCCAGUAAAUAAUUCAACAGAUUCUGAGCAUGAAAAAUCCAGGAAUUUGGUCUUAGCCAAAAAAACAGAAUCUGUGCAAAAAAGAAGUUCAGUUUCUCAAGAGGCAGAUCCCUCUUAUUCCUUCCCACACCUGCAGUUUGAAGGAGCAGCACAUUUGAAAGCAAGGGAUCGGGACAGCCAGAUCUUUGCGGAACUUAACUCACAAACAGCUGAGAUAUUCACAGAAGACGAGGGAGAUUUGGAGACCCUCCCAGACCCUGGUGUAGGGGACUCCAAAUUUGGUGGAAGUACUUCCACUAUGUCUGUUGGAUCUGAUACGUCACCUCAAUUAGAAAGGAAGAACGGAAUGUUUGAGAGAAUUCGAAAAUUACGAAUGCACAAGAGUUACAGUUACAGCACAGGGGAUGAGCUCCAUUCAUCUGACUAUGAAGAUAUAGCUGAGGACCCAGACAAGAAGCUGGCCCUUUCUGGGUUUGGAAGAGAUCUCUCCCAGAGGAGUAGCUUCAGUGAAAGAGUAAAAGGAUUAAAGCGAGAUGUGAAGCGACGUCUCUCCAGACUUGGGAAAGGACAUAGACACAGCGACAGUGAUGUACAGCCUAACCUGUAUCUGCCUGAGGAAUACCUGGUGAAUACAGAACACAUGGCAGCUAUACCAAGUCCAAAUGCUGAAGCACAGUUUGGUCUUACAUCUACAACCCAUCCUGAGGUCACGAGUCCAGAUGAUACUCCUGCCUACACUGGUCAGUUUGUAGGGAGAGCCAUUGUCCAUACAGAUUAUACCCCCAGCCCAUAUGACAAGGAAGCUUUAACAUUGAAGCAAGGAGAUAUCAUCAAAAUCAUAACCAAAGCAGAAACAGGAAAUUGGACGGGUUUGUUGAGGAAUCGUGUAGGGACUUUCAAAUUCAUCAAUGUAGAGUUGAUACCCGAUGAAACUCCUAGGAGGAUUAGACGCCAGAUGUCAGGAAGAAAGCGCAGUGCCAAAACCAGAUCUAAACCCAAAACUGUGGAGGACUUACUGAAGAGGCUGGGUUUAGAGGAAUUAUUAAGUAUUUUCCUGCUAAAUGGCUAUGACAAUCUGGAACUCUUCAGUGAGCUGGAGAAAGAAGAUCUCAAUGAACUGAAUAUACUGGACCCAGAGCAGAGGGCUAAACUUCUAACUGCAGCAGAGCUACUGGCUGAUACCAUGGACUCUGUGGACUAUGAGAAUCCUGCAUCCCCUGAAACGAAGAUAGAAUCAGUGCCAAAACCUCCAUCUACAGUCGGUCUGUCUGUUAAUGAAAAAGGAGCACCAGAUCUGACCCAGAAGACGCCUCGUGAUUCAGGGUGCUAUGCCAGUAAUGAGAACAUUAUUACUAAGAUGAAUGGGCACCAGGAGUCCCCUUCAAGCCAGUCCAGUCCAGAAAACACACUGAAAGGUGAAAAUGAUGCACCAAGAACUGAUGUUACCCCUGUUAAACAAGAAGAGAAGCUAUCCCAGGUUGUAGUUGUGGAAGUGAAGUCUCCCUCCACUGAGCAAACAACUGAAGUAAAGUAUCCAACAAGGAUGAAAAUGCAGAAGCAGCAUCAACAAAAGGGGUCUGUGAACUUUAUCGAAUCAAAGUCUACAUCUACAUCACCUAGCAGUAGUGAUUCUGCAAGUGAUGAAGUAGGACUCAAACUUAUUAGCACUGUUGAGCUCAAUGGGUCAAAAGUCUCUAGCCAGCCCUUAGUGAAGGAGACUGAAAGUUCAAACUUGGCAACUGAAAGGGUAAUUCCCUCUAAAGGGCCAGUGACCAAUAAUGUGCAACAAAAGACGGGUGAUACAAAUUCAGCUAACUUUCCACCAAGUAAAGGGACACCAAGUUUACAAAGUAAACUUAAACAACCACAGACAACGAAAACCCAAAGGAUGCCAUCUACAAGCUCAGAAACAUCCAGUGAUAUUUCAGAUUCCUCGCCUGUCUCAAAAAUUCCUUUAACAUCUCCAAAGUUAAGGGCUAGCAGAAUUCCAGGAGGUCCACCACCUGUGACUACAAAAAGGAGUGGGCUCAAGCCACCAAGUAGCAGUCCUGGGUCCAUGCCAUCUACUAAUAAAAAAGCAGAAACCAAACAAGAAAUUCCAAAAAGAACCCUCCCCAUAAGACAGAGUUCAUUUAAAAAAGAGAAGAGCCCCCCACCAGUACCACAAAGACCACUCAGGAGGACUCUUACUCCACCUGAAAGGAUCCAAGUUCCAUCUACCAGUUCUAAGAGUACAAAACCAAGAGGUUUACAGAAAGGUUUUAGCCCAUUAGAGAAAGAAAUUCAAAAACCUAAACAGAAUUCAUCCAGUGGGCAAGGUCUCAGAAGUCCAGGUGCCACAGGUGCCACUGGUAUACCACAAACAACCACAGGUAUACCCCAGGGAGCUACAGGUGUACCUCACAAAUCAUCUAGUUCUAAUCAACCUAAUGGCAGUACUAUCCCAAGUGGGGAACCAAGAGCCCCAAGAACUGCUCCACCCAAACCUCCAAGCAGAAUCAGCCCUCCUAGGGUAACAUCAACAAGGAGACAACAGUAUCAGGCAUUGAAUAUGCAGACAUGUUUGGGAACAUCUGAUAAUCAAGUGGCUUCCAGUGAAGCUUCAAGUCCAUCUGGUCACUUUGGCAGUCCGGUGACUUCACCUACCUCUAUCCCAGUACCACAGCAAUUUUCAAAAAUUCCUCAACCAUCGUCAGGUCAGAAGACGCCCCCAGAAGUGCCAAAAAGGAAGGAAACUACAGAAUUGAGCACCAAAAGAACUAUUGCUACAUAUCAGCAAACAUCUGGAUCACAGACUAAAAAUUUUAAUGCAAAUAUUCCAUCCCCCUCAAACAGACAGUUUUGUGUUAAUCAAAAGAAUGAAAUGACAUCAUCAUCACCAAGUUACAUAAAGAAGCCAAACUUGCCCAAUAAUAUGCAGAACAGUCUUGGUAGUGAAGUACAACAAUCCCAAAGCAAGAUGGAAAGGAAUAACAAUCAGAAUUUGUGUACGUCAAAAAUUGGUCUACCUCAGAGAAGUAGUGUCCCUCCAGCACCUCCACCUCGUCAACUGCAGCAUAGCCAAACCAAUCUUCCAUGUCGCUUGCCACAGGCCAGACAAAGUGCCCAUCCAGUAACAGAUUUAGCCAACCAGUCUUCUACUUCUUCCCAGCAUUCAAAACAUACCAAGGUACAACAAAAUGCACCCAGGACUCCCUCUGUCACUUUGGAAACAUUGAUCACUCUCAAGUUAGAAGAUGAGAUGAUUGAUUUGACGCAACCUCCAUACAGCGAUCAGUCUGGAUACUGUGGAAUACCUGCAGCUUUAGUUCAGAGGUAUGCUGAGGAACUGAAGAGAGAACUGAGUGAGAUGGCCAGUGCUCUAGAUCAACUCAGGGUGAAGCAGCUACAGCAGAAAGGAAGAGAAGGGAUUUCAAACAACUACCUGGUGGACUCCAGUUCUCGUUUGCAGCUGGAUUUAUGUGCAUCAUCAUUACGUGGCUUCUUAGAGACUGCUGGUCUGCCCAUGUAUGCAGCAUUGCUGGAAAUUAAUGGCUUUUGGUCCUUAGACUCCAUAAAACAUCUCACUGAGAAAGACUUGGUACAAUUGGGUGUGCAAGAUCCCCGACACUGCAAGAGACUUGUCAGAGCUUUUGAGGCCCUUCGCUUUAAAUCAGAGUCAUCUGUUCAGCACAAUUCACCAAGACAUUUGAAGAAGUCUGUCAUCUUGGAUAAAGUUUAGAACAUUAAUUCUAGGUGUUCCUAGAAGUACUCUGAGAUGAUCCUUAUUACUCACUUGUAUACACAGUUUAUAUUUACCCACUGAACAAAGUUUAAGAUGGAGGAGAGUUAAAUAUCACAAUUAUUUGAACAAACUGCCAACAGAGACCCAUUUCUCACAUGCUGCACCAAAUUUGGUGUGACACUUACCUAAUCCAUUUUGAAAUUAGCUGGUUCUUUAACCUGGGCGCAGUUGUGUACUGAUGACUUUCAUUAUCAUGAUGGAGAUUGUUUACUGUAGCACUGCACAAAGAAUUCAUUUCUUUAAGUAUGUUUACCACAGAAAAUGCUGCACUAGAUCUUUAGUUUAUAUUAUUUGCACAUAUCAAAUUGCUCAGAGUGCAGGGACUUAAUGAAGAGGCAAAAAACAGAUUGUAAUUUUCAAAGUUUAAAGACAACUAGGUGAUAGGUUGUGCGUAUAACUUGGAGUCUAGCAUAUUGUGGCUGGAGCUCACGUAAGAUACUUUAUUGAAAUGUCUGUAGGAGGAGUCCUUGGUUAGAGGUCUUCUAAAUAAGUGUAAAUGGGUGUAGGUUGGUAUCGAAUUGGAAUAUUUAUCUUAACAGAAAAAAAUGUCUCUGUUGCACUGAUGAAGGGUAAAAAUUCAUCAGUUAGGUACUCAUUUUGGUGCAAAUGGCCUGUAGAUGUUCUAAGUACUAGAGCCAAUGACAUUGCUGAAAAAGUUGCAGAGCAUCAUCCAUUCUAUAGAAAUGCUGAUGGAAGUAAUAUCUAUAUAUUAAAAAAUUUAAUAAAAGGAAUCUGAUACAUGCUGGGCAUGAAAUGGGUACUAUGGGUUAUAUUUGUGAAUGCAUUUCAAUUCUUUUCAAUUUUGGUUUUAGUUCAAUUUUGCUUCAGUGUCAGAUUGCAUUUAGCUAUUUCUAAAAAAAUCCUUUUUCAUCAGCAAGCUGACAUUGUUAUUUAUACUUGUUAUUUUUUCACAAGGAAUUUCAUUUGCAAUCAAUUGAUAUGGUUUACACGUAACAUGUCAGAAAUGGAGAUUGACAAUUUUUGUGUCCAAUUUGUAGUCUUAUAAAGUACAGGGAUUUGUUAUUGUUGUUUCAUGUUUUGUUACCUGAAGUUGUGGAAGUGUAUAUUCUGUUACAUGUUCUGUUCUUGCUUAUAUAGCCUGUCAGUGUGAAUGGUCGAGGGUACAUAUGGUCAGGUGUACAGAUUUAAGUUAUAA